AUGACUGAUGUGAUAUUGAAUAUUGUUAAACUCUUUCUUAUUACACAGCCACCACUAAGACCAAUUGUCAAAGGUCAUUAUGAAGAAAUUGUUCAAACAAAAUCACCAGAAGAAUUAUUUAUUAUUAUGUUUCCAUUACAAAAUAAAUUCUUUCUUGAUGCAGACAUUCCUUUUGAAGAUAAAUUUAAAGCAAUUAAUUGUUGUAUUGAGGCAUUAAAACCUGAAAAAGCAGAAAGUAUAUUAAAAUUGAUUGAAAUUAAUUAUUCUUUAACAAACCACAAUGGUGUUAUGCCAAAAGAAUGUGUAGGUUUUAUCUCUGAAAUGCUAAAAGACAUAAGUGGCAUAAGACGGUCAGUUGAAACUUUAUUAAUUAAUAACUCUACUUCUUGGAAGGAGUUUCUUCAAACUCAUUUACAACGUACUCUUUAUUGCCAAGACUUUCUUAAAACACAGUCAGUCGUUCCUAUUGAAGUUCUUCUUGAACCUAUUGCUCCUCCAGCAGAAAUUGCUGAUAAACAAAUUAGACUUGAAUGGCAAAAAAAUCAAAUCAUGGAAUUGCUUCCUUUUGCUUCACAAGAAAAACUUAUAAAUAUUACAAAGCAACUCCAAGUUAUGGGUCAUAAAGAUACUUUAGAUUAUGAGUUUGAGAUUGAUAAAUUUAAUACUGAAGAGGUACAACAAUUCUUAAACAUAUUAUGUAAUUAA